UCUGAGAAGAGGGAAUAUGUACUGGACAGAGUCCCUCCUCCUUCACCAGAGGAUCAGACAGCUGAUGAGUAUGGAGAGUAUUUACGUCAUACAGAUGACAAUCUCCAGGCUCGGUGCUACAUGUUAGCAUCUAUGUCUAAUGAGUUGCAGAGACAGAACGAAUUGUUGAAUAAUGCUUCUGAAAUACUCCUUCACUUACAAGAGUUGUAUGGUGAUAGGACGCGGCAGAUUAGAUAUCAGAUAUCUAAGGAACUUUUCAGGUGUCGUAUGACCGAGAGCUCUUCAGUUCAUGAUCAUGGGCUGAAGAUGAUAGCUCUUGUGGAAAGACUUUCAUCACUUGGAGUCAUUAUAGAUAAUGAACUCUAUGCCACGGUGGUUGCACAGUUUCGCGACUAUCAUGCUGAGAAAUUCUCCGGGCAGGGAGACCCCCGUAUCGUGGACGAGUCGAUUCAGGGCCUUGAGUUGAUCUUCGAGGUCAUGGAUUGUCCAGACAGAUACCGCGUUAUCUGCGCUCAGCUUCAGCUAACCGGCGAUGCCCGGCUCUGGUGGAAUGCCUACUGGAGCAUGCAUCCCGGCGAGAAGGAGGGAUGUACAUGGGAUAGGCUCAAGGAGCUAAUUCGCGAGAAGUACUACCCCACCUAUUACAGAGCAGAGAUGGAGCGGCAGUUCCUGUCGCUCAAACAGGGUACUCGAUCUGUUGACAAGUACGAGAGAGAGUUUACCAGACUUGCAGCUUUUGUUCCGGACUUGGUUCGUACGGAGGCACAGAGGGCACAGCGCUUCAUUGACGAGCUUUACCCAGCAGUCCGUCACAACAUUGUAGGACACGGGACCCAGACCUAUGCAUUCGAAAGGAGGCGAACUAUGAUCGGGUGCAGCCAGUUGCCCCUGCCCAGUCUUCUACAGCUCCACUUAUGCCACCAGCCACUGCCCAGCCACCGAAGAACAACAAGAGGAAGGGGAAAGGUGCCCCGAUGGACAAGAGGACCCGGCGGAGGCUACAACAGAUUCCACCGUGCCCCACAUGCGGACGUCUUCACCGAGGCGAGCCGCCUCAGCAGCAGCAGCAGAAGGGCAGACAUCAGGCCCGAGUCUACGCAGUCGAUCAGGUUGAGGCCGAGUCCAGGUACUAUGUCAGGGAUGAUUAUGCUUAAUAAUAUUCCUGUGUUCGCUUUAUUUGAUACUGGAGCGACGCACUCUUUUAUUUCACGUCGAUGCCUUGAUGCUAUCGGAGUUCAUGCCAUUACCGCUGUCGAUCCUCUCGAGGUGAGUCUAGCCUCGGGACGAAAGAUAGUGACCUCAGCUAGAGCUUCAGAUCUCAGCCUUUCCAUCGGUGGUCGUGCAUUGUCUAAUGCGUAUGUUCUUGAGAUAAGGAACUUCGACCUCAUUCUCGGGAUGGAUUGGCUAUCCUUUUAUAAUGCAGAUAUCCGAUGUCAUGAUCGGGAGAUUACUCUCUAUCUUCCGGGAGACGAUUCGAUUACUUUCUUUGGCACCCGGAAUCGUUCAUUGCCUCAUGUU